UUGGUCAUCAAAGAAAGGUCGGCUCUGUGUUCGUGUGGACCCUCCUGAUGGAGGGGUUGUAUUGUCCCUGUAGAACCGCCGCUGGAGCUGGAUAAUCGCUUUGUUUGGAAAGCCGAAGCCUGGAAAACAAACUGAGGAUGAAGAUUAAUCAUUUUUAAGAGGAAGAAAAGCGAUGGAGCUGCAGACCUCACCGUCAGAGCAGCGAAAAUACAAAGAAGCAAAACUAAUCCUGGAAAGGACGCCUCAGGGAAGCACCAGGGUAGAUCUCGGGCUUGCUUUCUCCAGGUGGGAUGCACUGAAGAGGGACAGAUGCUUCCAGACUGACGCUGAACUGGCCGCCUUUCUGCUGGACUGUUACGAGAGCAGAGUCACAACAUCAAGUUCCAUGAAUGGAAAACCUCCAGCAGUCUCUCAAUGUGAUGAUUCUAGAGGGACAGAAAGGCAGCUGUAUUCAAAAGUACGAAGCGGAGUGUCUGAUAUAGAAAAUCUUCGCCCGGAUGAGCCCAGAGUCGACAUUUUUGUGUCUCCCACACCGGUCAAAUCAGAAGAUUCAGCACAGAUACACACCAGGAAAAGUCUGGUUUUCCCUCCAGAGGACGAGCAGGUCGAGCAGGACCAGAAGGACUCAGUCCUGCUCCACAUUAAGGAGGAACAGGAGGAACUCUUGACCAGUCAGGAUGGAGAGCAGCUUAAUGGUCUACAGGAGGCUGAUAACGCCACACUUCCAUUCUCUCAUGUUGUUGUGAAGAGUGAAGAUGAUGAAGAGAAACCUCCGUGUUCACAGCUUCUUCAUAGCCAAACCGAAGACAACACAGAGGCAGAGAGGCGUCAAAUCAGCUGCUCAACAAAAAUAAAAACAGAAACUGACAGAGAGGACAGUGAAGGAGCAGAGCCAGCUGGGAACCCGGAGUCAAAUAACCUGUUACAGCAAAACACAGAUGCAAAGACCUUUACCUCUGGUGAAACUGAAGUCAGUAUUGGUGCUGAUGAUGAGGAUAAUGACACAGAUGAUUGGCAGGAGCCUUUGUCAGAUUCUGCAUCUGAAACUGAAGAAAGUGACAGUGACUGUAAGAAGAGCAGGGCCAAAGCCUUCACCUGCUCUGAGUGUGGUAAACGGUUUCAGUACAAGUGGUCUCUUCAGAGACACGUGACACGCCAUUCAGGAAAAACCUCUUUGGGCAGCUUCACCAAUAAGAAAUGUUUUCCAGUGAAGCAAACUGCAGAUUUACAGAUCAAAGUCCACACAGGAGAGAAACCAUUUGGCUGCAGUCUUUGUGGACAAAGGUUUAGAGAUCAGUAUAAUCUUAAAAGGCACAUGAGAAUCCACACAGGAGAGAAACCAUUUGGCUGUGGCAUUUGUGGUAAAAGAUUUAAUGGCGAGGGAAAUCUGAAAAUACACAAAAGAGUUCACACGGGAGAAAAACCAUUUGGAUGUGGUGUUUGUGGUAGAAAAUUUAAGCAGAAGUCACAUUUUAAGAAACACAUCAUGGUUCACACCGAAGAAAGACCUUUUAGUUGCGAUGUGUGUGGGAAAGGAUUUAAAUGGAGGAUCCACAUGAAGACUCACAGGAGAAUACACACAGAUGAGAAACUGUUUGGUUGUGACGUUUGCGGUCGAAGAUAUAACUGUGAAAGAAAUCUUAAGAUACACAUGAGAGGCCACUCAGACGAGAGACCGUUCGGUUGUGACAUUUGUGGUAGGAGGUUUAACUGCAACAGAAAUCUUAAGAUACACAAGAAGGUCCACACGGGGGAGAGACCAUUCGCCUGCGGUGUUUGUGGUAAGAGGUUUUCACAGGUAGGGGCUCGGAACAGGCACAGGAGCGUCCAUACUGAAGAGAAACCAUUCGCUUGUGAUUUGUGUGGACAGAAAUUUAACCGAGAGGGUAAUCUUGAAAGGCACAAGAGGGUUCAUACGGGAGAGAAACCAUUUGGCUGUGACAUUUGUGGACAAAAAUUUACCCGAGAGGGAAGCCUGAAGAGACAUAUGAGGAACAAGGCAAUAAACCAUUUGCAUGCAGUGAAAGAUUAACUGUAAUCUCAUAACUUAAUGUUACAUUACUAAUACACUGCUUAAAAAAACUUAAGGAACAAGGAUCAAUAUCUAUACUCAUAUGAACUAUGUAGUGUGUGACGAAUGAAAGAGUGCCUGAAAAUCAAAGUGACAUAAUUUUGCUGCAGCAACUCAAAAUGAUGCUCAGUCGCUUGUACGUUCCGCACGUGCUUGUAUACAUGUCUAUAGAGGUCUGUGCGUCCCUCCAUGGAUACGCCUCCCCAGACCACCGCUGACCCACUGCUAAACCGGUCAUGCUGGACGAUGUUACAGGCAACAUAACGUUCUCCACAGCUUCUCCAGACCCUUUCACAUCAGUCCUCAUGGUGAACCUGCUCUCAUCUGUGAAAAGUACAGGGUGUCAGCUGUUUCUUUGUUUGAUCAGAGACAUUCACACCUGCUGUGACCUGCUGGAGGUCAUUUUGUAUCUCUGGCAGUGCUCAUCCUGUUUCUCCUUGCACAAAGGAGCAGAUCUUAUUUCUGUCCCUGUCCAGCUCUCUGUGCUGGGAGACACGUAUUAAUGUGCCAUCUUGGAGGAGUUGGAGUACCUGUGCAACUUUUGUAGGAUCUAGGUUUUGCCUCAUGCUACCAGUAGUGUAAGGGUAUUUGUUCACUGUGGUGCAAUUUUAUUCACCAGUUUUUCCCAGUUCUGAAUGUCACACCCCUCUGCAGCAGCAGUAUACGUCUUUGGGUGCAGCUUUAGCUUAAUUGGUAACUGUUUGCACCUAACAAGGUGUGACUAAAGACAUGCCUGAGGUUGGCUGUUGGGCUCUCCUGGCUGUCAUUUUUUUACCAGAGAAUAUUUAGUCAUUUAAAAUAAAACCAAAGUUUGUACAAACUCUGGUGUCAGUCUGUUGUGGGCUUGUGUAAAGGCUCUGAGUGGUCAUACAUCAGCAUCAUGUUGUUAUUAUGGAUGCGUUUUGAAUAAUGACCUGAGUGUUUUGUACUGUGACCUUUAGUGUUGUGGAGAAGUUAGUUCACUUUUGGUGGACCAUGUGGUACUGGUAUGUAAUGUGUGGUAUUAAUGCUGUUUAAGUGAUCUUUGUGGACAAAGGGAUAUCUAAGGCUGGCUAGACCCCAUCAUGCUCUCGUUUUAGUCAUUAAAAAUAAAACCUGGUCGUCGAUGGUCUUUAUUUAUGUGAAGGAAAACAUAAAGUAUAAUGAAGUAAAUUGUAAAUAUGGUUCCAAAUUUUUAUACUCUUGUAGUCUGCACUGUCCUCUUUAAAUGUCUCUCUCUCCAUAUCAUAAUGAAUUUAUUUUUAUUUUUUUAAUAAUUUAUUAACACCUGGAUUUUUGGAUGUUCUAAUCUGUCUGCACAUUCACAACGCGUCGUAUAUAUCUGUGUUUUUGUCAGGAAUCAAGUUCAGCUUCAUUUUAACUGAAUCAGACUGAAAACCAAAAGGGCGGGCGAUGUGACCUCAGGAUUAGUCAGUGAACUAGCAACAACACUGCUAAAGACACAAACAGAAAUAACUUAUUGCUCACUGUUGUGGAAAAAUAAACUGAGAGU